AGGAGCCUGAAGUGACUGAAACUUUCUCUGAGUCAGGAAAGAAUGUCGAAGUCCUAGUAAACCAAAACGAGACACCACCAAGUUCUUCCCAGAACACCAAGAGUGUAGGCCUAGGGAUGUCGACAAUGCAGUGCACACAUUUGGGUGAAAGGCGUAAUUCUACAUCAAGCAAUAUUUCUUCAUCAAGUAAUAGCUCUUCAUCAAGCAGCAGCACCUCAUCAUCCUCGUCAAAGAGCAGUGCAUCAUCAACUCAUGCAGCAACACCAGAAGAUGUGCUAGACUCUGAUGAUUCUGUUGCAGAUAAGACCUACGAACCAAAUUAUGAUGAAGAUUCAGAAGGAGUUGGUAGUAAUGACGAUGACUCUUCCCUGACUCCAAAUGUUGAUACUGCUACACUUGGAAAUAAGGACACCAAAGAAUUAGAGAGCCCAGCUAAAAAAGGUUCGAAAAGGAAGAAACAACCAGAAAAGUGGGGGCGACAUCUCCAGAAAAAACUAAGAAAUGAAGGAAAACGGUAUGUAAUGUACACCAAAGACAGAAAAGAAAGGGAAGAAGAAAAGUAA